CCUAUUGCAUUUUUCGUGGAUGGCGUGAAGGCAACCACAACCGAAGAGGAACUGGAGACCUACUUUGCAAGCUUCGGGGAAGUGCUGGAGUUGGCUCUCAUUAUGAAUCCCAAGACAAAUAGGCACAAUGGACGUGGCUACAUUAUACUUUCGCCGACAGUGAAUCAGAACAAAAUCUUUGGCACUAAGCACAUUGUACGUGGAGUUCGAAUUGAUGUGUACGAGUGUGGUUCAUCUGACGAAGAAGAAGAGAAAAAGAAGGAAGAAGAAGAAGAGCAUAUCUCAGUGAGGUGA